UCAACUCCCUCUCCCCCCAUCUCUCUCUCUCUCUCUCUAAAUUUUCCGAUCAAUACUAACGUUUCCUGAUCGUGCUCCUCUCUCAUCACCAUCGUUCCAAAUAAGAAAAAUAGAGAAGAAUUCCAAACAAGAACACCCGAAGAAGGAGAAAAAAAAGAGUGAGGGAGAGACAUGAAACCAUUCUGUUGCAUGGUGACGUCCUUCCAGAUUCGGCCGUGAAGUGCUGCGGUGCAGAGGGCAAUGAGCGGUGAGGAGAGGAGGGCGACGACGCUGUGGAGGAGGGCAGCGGCGGCUGUGAAGGACGGGCACAGCCUGUGGAUGGCGAAGCUGAUGGCCGGGCGGCGGAAGGGCGCAGGCGGCCGCCAGUUUCCCGACCUGGAGGCGGCGGUGAUCAGGGCGACAAGCCACGACCCAUCCCGCAUUGACUACACCAACGCCCAGAGGGUGUUCACUUGGGUGCGCACCUCUCCUUCCACCUUCCUCCGCCCCCUCCUCCUCACCCUCUCCCGCCGCAUGCAACGGACGCGCAGCUGGGUCGUCGCACUCAAGGGACUCAUCCUCAUCCAUGGCGUUUUUUGCUCCCGCACUCCCCUCCUCGACAAGAUCGGCCGUCUCCCCUUCGAUCUCUCCAACUUCCAGGAUCAUUUCUGCAGGCACGCACGAUCAUGGGGAUACACAGCGUUCGUGCGAGCCUACUUCGCCUUCCUCGACGAGAAAUCAUGCUUGCUGGCCAUCGACGACGGCAGCCAGAGCUUUCAACCUGGCCUGAAUUCCGUCACCGGUCGGGUAUUGACUCGCCUAGAGCGCUCACAGUCGCUCCUAGACCUGUUGCUACAGAUUAAGCCUUAUUCCGACGGCAUGAACGUGACCUUGAUCCUUGAAGCCAUGGACUGCGUGGUCAUCGAGAUCUUCGACGUCUAUGGCGGCAUUUGCCACGGCAUCGCUCGGGUCCUUGUCGGAAUCUUCAACGCCAACCGCCAAGAGGCCGUUGGGGCGCUGCAGAUAUUACGGAAGGCAGCCUCGCAGGGAUCCCGUCUCAGCGAGUACUUCGAAGUUUGUAGGGAAAUCGGAGUUCUGAACGCGUCAGAGCUGCCGGCCAUCGAGCAGGUUCCAGCAGACGACAUCGAAGAUCUCGAGAGGCUCAUAUAUGGGGUCUCUGUGCAAAAGGGUGUCAUGGGUGCAGGGGAAGGGAGCUGCAAUGGAAUGGUAGAGGAGGACGAGGAAGAGGAAGAAGAAGAAGAAGAAGAAGAAGUGGGAGGAGGAGAAGGAGAAGGUUGUGGAAGUCUGAGAGACACUACCACCAUUGUUACCAGAAACUGGGUUGUGUUCAACGAUGAUUUAUUGACAGAUAAUGAGAGAGACAACUCAAAAGACCAUGGUGGUAGUGCUAGUAUGGGCGAUCCUUUUGCUGCUUCAUUGAUCAUUCCUCCCCAUGUUUACUAAAAGCGUGGGAGUUCUCACAUUAAUCACCUUUCUAAGUGGGAUCGAAAUCACGUUUCCGGGUUCGGAAUGCAUUUGUAUAGCCAUGAGAUAAUGAGACACUGUAAGCAAAAUGUAGUAUCCUUUCUAUCAUCCCGGUGUUCAUGCCAUUAUCUGAUCAGGAGUUGUUUCUGCGAAUUUGGACCUUACAGAUUUUAUGUACACAGUUAAUUUAGAGGGCUUUUGGUAGCAGGAACGUCUAGAAAUUAAAAAAACGCAGUGUUCCUGUCACGUAAUGCCCUCGUAUAAACGACUGCAGAAGAGAUUAGCACAGGGGUGUGUUUGCAGAAAUUUACCUCAAAGACCUAACUAUUUAUUCCCAUUGAUAUAAAAUAAAUAAGGUGAGACUACUAUUUAAACAGAAUGAACUUAUUUUAAAGUGUUUUCCCAUUGAAAAAGGAGUACCAUU